GCCACCUAUUGAAAACAAAAAUGGUGGCCAACAAUAUGCCCUAUCCCUGCCCUGGUUUUAUGGCACGCCAAAUGUCUGCGUUCUCUAGGCUUCUUUCUACUAUGUAUUUCCCUCCGUCUGAUACACCCAAUUUCGAUGUGAACAAAGGGAAUCAUUUCCUCGCGAUCGACCCUAUCUUACGUGCUAAAUAAGUGGGGCUACUUCUAACCAAACCGAAGGUGAUCCAAAACUAUCGAAUAUUUCGCGAAAUUAUAACCGCACAAGCUCGAUUCGUCGUGUCAUUCACCUUAUAUAAUGUAAUUGGUUACAUACAAUUCCAUACGGCGGUUACAUGCCUUUAACAUGUAUUACCCGUUACAGGAAACAGAAAAUAAACAAUCUAGCAUUGUGGCAAUGCAAUAAGGAGCAAAAUCCUAUAUGCUUUAUUAAUACAAAGCACAAGAUAGAUGUUUUAUUUUGCUACAUGCUACGUACAAAUUAUAUAAAAAAUUUCCUGUCGUCUAUGUAACAUGUAUCACCAAAACCAUUUAAUAUAUUUAUUGAAAUGUCAAAUAAUCACAGGGUCAUAUUAGGUUGUUGGAUUUUUAUAUAAAUUGGUAAUGACAGAUAGAGCACACACAAUGAGGUUGGAAGCAGAAAUGGCUGCUCCUUUGCAUUUGCAAAGAUUAGAGCGUAGUCUUAAUGUACAGCCUUUUUUAAGGCAAAUUAAUGAAUUAUUUCAAGAACCAACUAGUGAGGAUGACAAAUCUGUAUCAUCAGAAUCUUCUGAAGGAUCAGAUAGUUAUCUCGAUAAUGUUUUGAUUCGAAAAGAAGAGGAAAGAAUAAAUAAACUGAGACUCUAUAAUAUGACAAGUGUGGGAGAAGAACGACAUUGGUUGCAGGAUAUUUUAUUAAGUGAUUCGUCAGAUAGUUCUGCUUCAGGGUCUGAUACAGAUAAUCCCAUUACAGAAGAAGAUUUUCAAGAAAUGUUGAAGUAUCAUAUACUUAGGAAAAAAUAUCAAGCACGUUUUUACCAAAAACCAGAAAACAUUCAGUACCAAUACUAUAGUGCUGGUUUGCUAUCCAAUUAUGACAGAUUUUUAGAACAUCAAAAAUUAAUAGUUGGAAAUAAAAAGAAAAAAGAAAAGAAACCAGAAAAGAAAGUUAUGAAAAUAAAAAAAGAAAAGAUAUCGCGUCAUAGAUCUUCUGAAGAUUAUCCUGAAGGCGAUUAUCCAGAUGAAGAUUGGGAUCGUACUAUCCCUAGAGAAGAGGAAUUAGAUGAAGCUGAAUUAGAAGCAAUAAUGCGCCAUCAACCUCGUCAGCGCGGUAGAAAAAAACAUAACAAUAAAAGUCCAGAAGUAAUGGCAAUGAGAAGAAGAAAGAUUUGGGUAAUGAUGUCUAAAAAAGAACUAGGAAAAGUACAAAGAGCAAAAACCAAUAAUCAUAAAGAAAUGUUAAUUAGUUGUAAAAAAGUAGCACAACAUUGUAUGAAAUAUUGGAGACAAAAAGCUAUGCAAUCUCAAAAGAACAUGAAAGAGACUAUAUGGAGAGCUAAACGUCUCACAAGAGAAAUGCAAUCUUAUUGGAAACGUUAUGAUCGAGUUGAACGUGAAACAAGAAGAAGAUUAGAAAAAGAAGCUGAAGAACAGCGAAAAAUGGAUGUCGAACUUAUCGAAGCUAAACGACAACAAAGGAAAUUAAAUUUUCUUAUUACACAAACUGAACUUUAUGCUCAUUUUAUGUCUCGAAAAUUAGGAAAAGCUUCUCCUGAAGAACAAUUAAGAAUUUUAAAUCAAUUAGAUGAAGAAAAAAAUCCAAGACUUGUUGGAAUUGAUGAUUAUGAUAGUGAAGCUAUGAAACAAAAAGCAAAAAAGAAUGCUACUGAAGCAUUUGAUAAUGAAAAAGCUCGAGCAAAACAAUUUGAUACAGCAGCUGCAUCUCAAGAAUUACGUCUUAGCGAUACACCCGAAAAUUUAGAACAUCCACAACCUUCGAUUUUUAAGGGAAAUCUUAAAGGUUACCAACUAAAAGGAAUGAAUUGGUUAGCUAAUUUAUAUGAUCAGGGUAUUAGCGGUAUUUUGGCUGAUGAAAUGGGUUUGGGUAAAACUGUACAAUCCAUAGCUUUUUUAUGUCAUGUCGCCGAAAGAUAUUCUGUAUGGGGACCAUUUUUAAUUAUAUCACCGGCUUCAACAUUGCAUAAUUGGCAACAAGAAAUGGCACGAUUUGUUCCAAUGUUUAAAGUAGUUCCAUAUUGGGGUAAUCCACAAGAGAGAAAAAUAUUAAGACAAUUUUGGGAUACUAAAGAUUUACACACAAAAGAGGCUUCAUUUCAUGUAGUGAUAACCAGCUAUCAAUUAGUUAUUACAGAUUAUAAAUAUUUUAAUAGAAUAAAAUGGCAAUAUAUGAUCUUAGAUGAAGCACAAGCUAUAAAAAGCACUAGCAGUAUGAGAUGGAAAUUAUUGCUUGGAUUCAGUUGUCGUAAUAGAUUGUUACUAAGCGGAACACCUAUUCAAAAUAGUAUGGCAGAAUUAUGGGCAUUGUUACAUUUUAUAAUGCCUACUUUAUUCGAUUCUCAUGAUGAAUUUAACGAAUGGUUUUCUAAAGAUAUUGAAAGUCAUGCUGAAAAUAAAACGGGAAUUGAUGAAAAACAUUUAUCAAGGCUACAUAUGAUUUUAAAGCCUUUUAUGUUGCGUAGAAUAAAGAAAGAUGUAGAGAAUGAAUUAUCUGAUAAAAUUGAAGUAAUGGUAUAUUGUCCCCUUACUACUCGUCAAAAAUUACUUUAUUCAGCAUUAAAAAAGAAAAUUAGAAUAGAAGAUUUAUUGCAUUACACAGUCGGUGGUGGUGAUACUGCAUCUAAUGAUAAAAAUUUUACAUCAAAUCUUAUGAAUCUAGUCAUGCAAUUUCGAAAAGUUUGCAAUCACCCAGAACUCUUUGAGCGUAGAGAUGCAAAAUCUCCAUUUUUCAUGCAUACUGAAUGUUAUGAAAUGCCUGUAUUAUUAUAUACAGAAGGACUUAGAUAUCUUUCAUUGCCGUCUAAAGAUCAUUUGCUUUAUAAUAAACUGUUUAUAUUUGCUACUGAAUAUAUACAUCGAACUCUUCACGACAGCAACGAAAAGUUACAAAAUUCUUUUUCCUUUAGUAGAUUUAUUAACUUGUCUCCAAUGGAAAUAAAUAAAGUGUUUAUCAUUGGUAUUUUAUUUAGAUUAUGUCUUGCAACUAUAAUGGAAAGAAGAAUAAAAAUAAUGCGUUAUUGGGAGGAUUGGAAUGCUGAUGAAAGGACGGAAAUUCCUAUGAAUCAAAUGUUUCUUUUAUCUAGAAAAAUUGAUUCUUCGACGCGUUCAUUGCAAGAUUUAAUAUUUACAAGAAAAAUUCUCGAAGGAGAACCUGUAUAUACACAUACAGCUCAUGUUAUUCAUUCAAUGCCAGAAACUGUUGCUCAUAGAAUUUUACGAAGCAGUAAAAAAACUGCUAAUCAAACAUUAAAGAGAAUAAUGCCUUUAAACAAAACCGAACAAGAAGAUACAAAAGUGACUUUGUUACCGGAACAUCCUCAUCUUCCUAGGUCACCGAUAAUACGACAUUGUCAACGAACCACCAUUCCAUCUUUUAUUUGCGAUACUUAUCCUAAGGUACAAGCUAGUCCUCGAAAAUUGUAUGUUAGCAAUAGCUCCGCAGCAUGCGCAUGGAGAAGACAUGAAGAAUGUGGUGGAAAAUUUGGUCAACAACUUCUUUGGCUUGGUUGUGAAAGAGCUCUUUCUAUUGCAUCAUUACAAGAGAAUUCCAACUUUCGUAUAACACAGACGACAUCAACAUUUUCUGUGGAACCAAAUGGUGGAAUUUCUGCAUGUACUCCCAUAAAUGGAUGGUCAAAUAUCAUAGUACCAGAUAAGCAAACAUUGGUGACAGAUGCCGGUAAACUUUCCGUCUUAGACGGUCUUCUUCGUCGUCUUAAAGAACAAGGUCAUCGGGUCCUUAUCUAUUCUCAGAUGACUAAAAUGAUUGAUUUGUUAGAGGAAUAUAUGUAUCAUAAAAAGCAUACAUUUAUGAGAUUAGACGGUUCUUCUAAAAUUUCUGACCGACGAGAUAUGGUUGCAGAUUUUCAAAAGAGGGCGGACAUAUUCGUCUUUCUGUUGAGUACCCGAGCUGGAGGCCUGGGAAUAAACCUCACUGCCGCAGACACGGUGAUCUUUUACGAUAGCGAUUGGAAUCCCACAGUAGAUCAGCAAGCUAUGGAUCGUGCUCAUAGACUGGGUCAAACGAAACAGGUUACGGUAUAUCGAUUAAUUUGCAAAGGAACAAUCGAGGAAAGGAUAUUACAACGUGCUCGAGAAAAAAGCGAAAUACAACGCAUGGUAAUUAGUGGAGGAAAUUUUAAACCAGAUACUUUGAAACCUAAGGAAGUUGUUUCCCUUUUAUUAGAUGACGAGGAAAUCGAAGCAAAAUAUAGUCAACGGAGCGAGGAGAGAAAACAACACGCGGAGGAUGCCCGCUUUGAGUCGAACUUAUACCACAAGGAGAGAGAGCGGAAAAGGAAGUUAACCGCGCUUCCGGUUAAGGGUGACGUAAAGAAGCCUUGUCUAUCUGAUGCAAAUGGAGAUAAGAUUGGGGAUAUUAUUCAAAUUAAUUCUAAUGAAAGUAGUCAAACUAAUAGUGGUAUUCAAUCAUAUCAGAUUAACAAUCAUCAACAAAUUCUCGAUAAUACAGAUGAUUACAGUGUGCCAACCAGUCCUAUUAAAUCAGAGGAUGAGACGAGUAACGAUGGGCUGGUUGUCGACGUCGAUGGUCCAGUGGGAGCAUCCUCUGGUGAUACUCGACAAUCACGAGCGGGUCAAUUUGGAGACUCAACUAAAGUCAGUCGUCUCGAUCAUCAUAUGUCUUUCACUAGUGGAUCUAGUGUUCGAAUAAGGCCUACAAUUCGUGGUACCAGCAAAAGAGGCAGACCUCGUGGUUCUCGCAGAGGAGGACCCGUUGGUGGGAAAGGUAGAGGUCUCCUCCUGCUUCAUCCACCAUCUACGGGUCUUGGAAGUAGUCCGCAGUCACCGGCAUCUUUAUCUCCAACCAGUACUACUUUAAAUGAUCAAACUUUACAACAUGGGGCGCAAGGGACUUCCGGUCCAACGGAGGGGGACGGUCCCAGUUCGGUGGGCCCGAUGGGCCCAGUAGGGACGCUGGGUCCCCUGCCAGGUAGAGGAGGUGCAACGAUUCGAAGAGGCCCAGGGCGACCAAGAUUGAGGCCAACAGGUCCUGGCCAUCAAGGAUAUCGUAACCCUGGCCACCAUAAUGGCAGAAAGGUUCAACGGCCGCUUCCGGUUCCUCUGAGGUCCCAACAAACGAUCGCCACUGUGAACCAAUCGCAGAAAUCUUCAGUUCAACGUGCCUCCGGCUCCGGCCCGUCGAUCUCGUCCUCGUCGAUGGGCAGCAGUGGGUCGUUUUCCUCGUCGGCCAGUGAAUCCAGACCAUUCGGAUUCUACACCCAGCAACAGCAGCAGCAACAAUCGCGAGGAUCGUCCUAGCUUCCGGAGGGGGAAUUCCUUCGAGUGAUCCUCGAGGGAGAUUCGUGAACUGUCGUGAAUUUUCGAGGAAAUUCUCGCGAAAUGCUGGCUCAAAAGCGACUGGAUCGCGUUCCCCUGGAAUUUUUGCAAAACAAGGGUUUUUCUCGUUUUUUCCGCCAAAUUAUUUUUAACGCCAUAUUGGCUUUCUUUUUUAAAGCAUGGUCAAUGAGAUAUUGAGUAUUUUAUAUAUAUAUGGGAAGACUUCAAGAGAAUGUUCAAUUGCUUCUAAGUCUGCUUUUAAGCCUCGUUUCUUUCUUACUUCUUGAACGUUAUAGAAAGAACUGUGGAUUCUUUGAUAGAUCAACGAUUAUUAGUUUUAAUAAGCUAAUAUAGCUGGAUAUAGCUUUGAUUUUCAUAAGAAUCUUGAAUACUGUGCUCAGUGAUAAGAAACAAUGAGAGUGUAAUUAUUCUUUUAUUGCUUCUUUUUAUGGUUAUUAUUAUUAUUAUUAUUAUAAUUAUUAUUACUAUUAUUAUUAUUACUUUUUUUUUUUUUUUUUUCUAAAGAAUUCUGGACUUAAUUUAAAGUAAUAGGUGUUACUCGAGAGAAUUCUAACGCUCAAAUAGUGCAAUUGAAAUCUUUUUAAAUGAAUCAAAGUAGUGUUCGUUUAUCAAUGUUCACGAUUCGUGGAUUAAAAAAGGAGAAAAAAGUUAUAAGCGUUAGUGAAAUUUAAAUCUAUUUAGCUGGGAGUGUGAACAACUCGGAAGUGAUUCCAUCCAUCGGACUCUUUCCGUUCUUGACAAAAGAAAAAAAUUUUAUCACGUGAUUUCGAGCAUUUGACAUUUAAAUAUCGUAUCGAAGCGAUGUUAGAAAUUUAUUUAAUUGAGAGAAUUAAAUUUCUUAGAAAUUUUAUUCUUUACUCAAUGAGCUGUGUAAAAAAAAAAAAAAUAUAUAUAUAUAUCUAUAUAUCUAUAAAAUAUAUAUAUAUACAUAUAUAUAUAUAAAAUUAAAAUAAUAUUGUCAAUAUUUAAUAAAUCAUUAAGGGACAAUUACAUCUCGUGUGAAUCUUCUUAAGGAGAGCAAAAUAAUAAAAUGAGUAAAUGAAUAAACUUAGCCUUGAAAUUUUAAACGUGCGCGCUAUCGUUUAGGCAAUUUGUACAAAUUAAUCGUGCCACUUGUUAUUAGGUACUUAAUAGGACAAGUUCAAGUUAGCUGGCUUAGGGACAAGGUGAAAUUCAACGAAAGGACAAAGAAAUAAAUAGUGGAAAAAUAAAAUCGAAGGAAGAAGAAAUGAACAAGGAAGUGUUUAUUAAAAAAAAAAAGAAAAAAAAAAAUGCGAAAGAACAGAAGUUGGUCUGAAAGUAAGAAAGAUUUGCCAGGGAAGUUCUUUACACUUUCUCGUAAACAGCUGGAAGACAAAGAAAAUGUCUAAUUAAGCGUCUAAACAGCACUGUGAAAAUAGAUUUUAGCUUUUAUUUCAUGAUUUAUUAACUCUUGUGUAUAGAGAAUCGUUUAAUCGAUACAAUAAAAAGUAUCGAAAUAAUAUAGCGAGAAAUUUCAAACGAAUAAAAAUGAGGAUCAUUGGACAAUUGGAUAAAAGAGGAAGAUAGAAAUUGGAAUCUUUUUUCUUUUUUUUUUUUUUUUUUUUUCCCCUUUUUCAUUAAACGAUCGACAAACCGAUUGUUCAAAGAAACGGAGGUGAAAAGAAAAAUAAAAACUUACAUUCUCCAUCGAUCCUCGUUCUUUCACUUUUUUUCUCUUGCCUCUUCUUCUGCCUCUCUUCUCUCUUUCUCUAUUUCCAUUCCUAUAAGGUAUUACAAUUUGUCGAAUGCUAUAGCAUUAUUCCGUCAUUAGGCUCGAUUAGAUAAUAUUUUUUACGCGUGUUAUGGACCGUCAUUACUUCGAUUCAAUUUGUAAAAGAAUGGUAUUUAUAUUAGCAAUAAACGAUGCAAAUGGCCACUAACUAA